AUGCCGCCGAAAAAAAGCAAAGGAGGAGGAGAGAAUACGAAGGCUGAUGGGGCGUCUGUGUUGCAUAUGAACAACCGACCGAUCGAAGCGAUCGUUCCGACGACGGACAUCGCGAAAGAGACGCAGAAGCUAGACAGCCAGGUGGCCAAGUGUAAGGUGGGGGUUGCCUGGGUUGAUCUGCUUGCGAUCGCAGGGCGGCUCAAGUUCGGGGUCUACAACGACCGGCCCCAGAACGAGUCUGAAACGAAUAAAUUAGUAGGGAGUUUCGAGACGAGCGGGAUCGUGUCGAUGAAGGAUGUUGCGGCGAUCCCGCUGAUCAUGAAGACCUCGCGUCUUAAGGAUGCUAAAUCACUCGUGAAGAAUUUCGACGAUCCGGAGGAGGUCCUGGAACUGGAGAUGCGUGAUCUCAAAGCGAUCGUCGUCGCAUCGGGGCAACAUCGACUCGCCGCACUACAACGUUAUAAUCAGUCGCUCCUCGACGAGUACUCUGCACUCGAGACGAAGCGGGAGAAGAUCAACGCGUUAAAACAUCUUACCACAGAUCAUAUCGCGACGUACAACGACUGUCACACUGCGAUGUGUCGGGUGAAGGGCCUGCUGUACGGGAUCGGGAAAUGGGGUGUCACCAUAUAUGACGAAGAUAAACUACUGGCGAAAGGGAACGAACUCGCGAACCAUUUGAGCCGCAACAGCUCCUUGCACGAGUACAAGGAGACUGAAGAGGAGGUGCUGAUCACGCUAUUCAAACAGAUCAAGGUGUUGUACGAUUCGUCACCUGUUAACGAGCGUGAUCGUCUCGCUGUCGAGCAUUUGUUAUCGAUUCGUACGACGCAGGAGAAGAACGCACGUCUGCACAAGGUGCUGGAGCACGAGACUUUGUGUGUGUUCCUCGCGACACGUUUGUUGCAGCUCGGACCGCACUUCAGGCAUCGCCGUGAAUUUACGGUGAACUGGCUUGCGAAGUCUAUUAACGUUUGCAUGGGCAUGUAUCUCCAGUGGAUCAAGAUCCGCAUCGAGACCUUGAGGCGCUUGAGCUCGAAGGCGAUGUUCCCGAGCUAUGCGGAGGUGACGGACCUGUUGGAGAAAGCAGACGCUCGCGAUGCCGCCGCCAUCGCCAAGGUCGCGGAAUUACGCACCUUGCUGCUGCGAACCCCGAAGGCGAAGGACGAUCAAGACCUUUCGCUGUGGGCGAACGUGAUGGAUGGCCUGGACAAGAAUGCGUCGUCGGCACUGUCGAAAAUCAGCGAGCACAUGGGGGAGAUGAGCCCGGUGUAUAUCGCACCUCUGAGCAUCUAUCGCCAGAGCGUGGUGAAAACGCUGCAAGACGGGUGGGGACUCACGUCGAACGAGGACUACGAAGAAAACGAGAUCCUCGCUCACCUCGAUCGUGUGGUCGCCCGUGUCCUCCUCUAUCUGACCCCAGAGCAAGGGCAAGUGCACGCCCCUGAGCCCCUCCUAUGUGGUUUCGUCAUGAACGAGUCAUGGGACUCGUUCGUGCGCAUUCAAGACGGACUGGCGGAGGUUUGCCGUUGGUUCGAGAGCCUCCUCGACUAUUAUCGAAUGCUCCACCCGAAGACCCACACCAUGGACGACUGGUCGACGGUGAUGUUGCAGAACAUCACCAAUGACUCGCGUUUCCUUGGGAAGGGACACGAAUACAGCGCCAAGAUCGCGGGCAUCAUCUGGGAACACCGACGUACCUUGAUGGUCCGACUUACGAACUACAUGAUCAAUAUGAAGCAACGCGUCGUUCCACGAGCGAAGGACAAGAAGGAGUUGAUGUCGGCGUAUGAGAGAUUGCCGUCAGGAGAGACGAUCGCGAGCGAGGCGCUCACGAAGAUCCUUAUGGAGAGGAGGAUGAAGGCCAACAAAAAUCGGGACUUAGCUUCGCAACCUUCGACCAUUGCGGGUACAUUGGCCCUCCACACGACUUCCUGGGAUUGGCUUAGUUAG